AUGGCACUGAAGAUGACUCCUCUGAUCAGGCAAAGGCAUAAAAAACCUUUUGGAUACUCAAGGAAGGAUGUUUUAUUGAUUGGACUAGGAGUAACUGGUAUCGGUAUCGGCUUGAAAAGUGGAUUAGAGUUUGCUGGAGUUGAUCCUUUACAAGCAGGGAAUGUCGUUCAGCUGGUACUGGUGUUGGGCCUGACAAUUGGAUGGAUUUCCACUUAUAUUUUUCGAGUUUCAAAUAAGGAAAUGACAUAUGCACAGCAAAUACGUGACUAUGAGAACAAAGUCAUGGAGAAGAGGUUAGAAGGCCUAACAGAAGCAGAACUAGAAGCAUUGCUUGAACAAGUUGAGGAAGAGAAGCGACGCCUAGGUGAGCAGGUUUCCCCAUUUGCACUCUAA